AGUGAGGAGAGAAGCAGCCAGCAGAAAGCAGCGUGCGGAGGAGACGAGACGAGAACUGGCGGACGGUAACUGAUCUCAUAACCACAGCAACGACAACGACGAGGCGAGAAUCCACCGAGAAAAAAAAAAAAAACACGCGGGGUAUCCAUGGCUUCGUGCAUCCGCAUAGCUCCGUAUUACGCAUCGGGCCCUUGAUGCUGAAGUGACUGCUCUGAAGGGAACUGUUCAAGUGAAGAAACAAAUACUUCAAAUCACUACAAAACUUUGUGUGGAUACACCAAACCAGAGCAUGAGAGCCGCCCUGCUGACAGCCCUCCUCCUGCUGCCCCUGGUGGCCCCGGAGUCCGAGCACUGUAUAAUCAAGCAUGAACAUGAGAAGUGCAUGGAGCGGAUGGCGUCGCACGACCCCUCUGAGGACCUGGAUUUAGUGUGUCCGUGGAUGUGGGACAAUCUGACCUGUUGGCAGGCUGCAAACGUUGGAGAGGUGGUGGUGGUCAACUGUCCAGAACUUUUCCACGAUUUCAUGAGUCCCGAAGAUGAAAUGGGAAAAGUGAGUCGUAACUGCACAGAGUAUGGCUGGUCUGAGCCUUAUCCUCAUUAUGUGGACGUCUGCUUCUUUUAUGACAACAGCACCAAACCAGACAUGUACUAUGCCUCGGUUAAAGCGCUGUACACUGUGGGCUACAGCACCUCAUUGGUUUCACUGACCACUGCUAUGGUCAUUCUCUGCAGGUUCAGGAAGCUCCACUGCACCAGAAACUUCAUCCACAUGAACCUGUUUGUGUCGUUCAUCCUGAGGGCCAUCUCUGUGUUUAUAAAGGAUGGAGUGUUGUACGCGCAGGAGGACAGCGACCAUUGUUUCACCAGCACUGUGGCGUGCAAAGCCGUGAUGGUUUUCUUUCAUUACUGUGUCAUGUCAAACUACUUCUGGCUCUUCAUCGAGGGCCUGUACCUGUUUACUUUGCUGGUGGAGACCUUCUUCCCCGAGAGACGCUACUUUUACUGGUACACCAUCGUGGGAUGGGGGACCCCCACCAUCUGUGUGACUGUGUGGGCUGUGCUGAGGCUCCACUUCCAUGAUUAUGGAUGUUGGGAUACGAAUGAGCACACUGCCCUCUGGUGGGUGAUCAAAGGACCUGUUGUGGCUUCUAUUAUGAUUAAUUUUGUGCUCUUCAUUGGGAUUAUCAUCAUCCUGGUUCAGAAGCUGCAGUCUCCCGACAUCGGAGGGAAUGAGUCAAGCAUUUACCUGCGCCUGGCCCGCUCUACGCUGCUCCUCAUCCCUCUGUUUGGGAUCCACUACACUGUGUUUGCCUUCUCCCCUGAAGACGUGAGCAAGAGAGAGAGACUGGUCUUUGAGCUCGGACUGGGAUCCUUCCAGGGCUUUGUUGUUGCUGUGCUCUACUGUUUCCUGAACGGAGAGGUGCAGUCGGAGAUCAAGAGGAAAUGGCGCAGCUGGACGGUGAACCGGUACUUUGCUGUGGACCUGAAGCAGCAGAGGCACCCAUCGUUGGCGAGCAGCGGAGUGAACGGGGGCACCCAACUCUCCAUCCUGAGCAAGAGCAGCUCCCAGAUCCGAAUGUCCAGCCCCCUGGCCGAGAACGCCAACAUGAGCCUGCCGACCUGAGCGCCGUCUGAGGGCGGCGCCGUCUGUCGCUAUGCCAACCACGCCCGAAAAAUCAACAACCCAAAAACGGCCCCUCCAUUCACAAACUUUAUUUAUGUUAAUUUGGAUAUGGGAUGUUACAAUCACUUGCACUUUUAAUAGACGCACAACUACCUGAGUAUUUCAUUUGAGCGGAGGUGGAGGGAUUACCCAAGUUUACCUCAACUUAAUAAGAAAAAUAUUACUUGAGUUAAAUUUUGAAAUAAAACUUAACAUUUACUUAAGAAAAUACAAAAUAAAUCAGUAUUUUUUUGUCAAAUUCAACAAGGAUGCGCACCUUUACUUCAAAAUUACACAUAACGCAUAAAUUGAACGUACUUAUCCUGAAAAGUAACUUGAUAUUUUGUUCUUUUAAAUACAAAAAUUAGACAUAGUACAAUUUUGUUUGUAAGAAUCAAUCCAAACAUACGUAAAUAUCGACGUACCACCUCCGCGUACUUCUAGCUGUGUUGUCCGCUCUUAAAACAGGUUAAACAAAACAAGCACUUCGAUUUUGUAACAACUGCCAAAUUUUACAAACUUUGAAAUUUCUUUGCGAUAGUGAAUUUUACCUGGCGAAACCGCUGCUAAAAUUCGAAACAUUUGGGGUCACGUUGGCUGUUGAUGUGUGUAAAAACAUAUUGUGUGCUUCAAGUGCCAUGCAGGUUUUUGCCAGACUGGAUCUUUCUGUAGUGAUAGUCCAAAGUGAAUUCUCAACCAAACACUUCGCCUUUUCGCGUGUACAAAAUGCUCACAUCUUACUUCAAAUCUGAUCUUUUUUACAAUCAGCCGCGAGUACAGAGUAUGUCAAAAAAGAUCUAUCAAAAAUAUGACUUUGUAAAUAGAUUUUUUGUGUCUAGUUCAGCAAAUGUGUACCGUUAAUUUAUGAUUUUUACAUAACACAGCAUUGUAAACAACCUUUUCGAUGACAAAAGGAAACUGGAGUCCAAAUCUGUAGAUCUCAUAUAAUUUAAGGAGCCAGAAAAUCCUGUUCGCAUUUGAAAUAUUUAUUUGUACAAAAAGAAAAUCAGUAUUUUUGAGAACUUAGUGCCAAUAUUAAGUACAGAAGUAGAUUUUUACAUUGUUAAAAUCCUCAAAAUCAGUCAUUUGAUUUAAAAACAGUGCCGCAAUUUUGGAAAACGCAGAAAUAUGAAGUUAUAAAAUGUCAUCUUGCGCUCAUAAUCCAAAGUGCCUAGUCUGUCACAAGAUCGUAACUUUAAUUUCCAACCAACAAACAUUAAAUCUACGUAAUUAUGCCAUUUCCUUUGAAGAAUGUACAUAAGUAUUACUGUGGUUUAUUGUCUACUGUAUUUCUAUUUCAGUUUUUUGUCGUUAUGAGUUACAGUAUUUUUUUCUACAACCCAAAUUACAAAAAAGCUGGGACAAAAGUUGUGCAAAAUGUAAAUAAAUGUAUAGAUUUCAUGGGUAAUAAAGCACAUGUUGAAUUUGAUGGCGGCAACGCAUCUCAGUUGGAACAAGUUAAGAAGUAUAACUAUACAUAUUUUAAACACUGCAAUAAGAACGUAGGCUAUGGAAAGUAUAUAAUAAAAACAGCAUGGAUUUGAAAUUGGUAAGAGGCAGGAAAUAUGCCACAAAACAAAGUGUAACAUUAUUAACUGACAACUUAAUGAAUGUAUUGAUAAAACAAACAUGUACGAGCUUUUCCAACCAUCAAUUCGUACCUUUAUUUACAUUUGAACCACCGUUUUGUGUUUGGGUUGUGCAGCUGCAGUGCUGUGUCUACAUUAUUGUUGCAUAAAGUUGAAUAGUUGAUUUCUGACCAGUGCAGUUUAAGUGACAAACAUUAAGGCUCCAAAAGAAGUGGACACAAAGAGCUUUAAUGUUUCAGCUUUUGACAAUCGCAAAGUGUUGCUCAUUUGACUUUUUGAUUAUGUUUGUGUUGUUUAUCUGUGAAGCUGGGAGGGCAGGUGCAGACACUACAGGUUAAAAUGGAGCGCGUGGUAGACGGAUAUUAACUGUUUUUCAUGUUUAGGGUUUGUCUAUGUUUUUAAUUGUUUGUAUUCACUGGUAUCGAAUUUUUUUAGGUCAGAUGCCGUCCCUAAGACUUGGGAUUUACUGAAAUAACCCAUCCAUUGUCUGUUAUGGUUGAAGCUAUACAUUAUCAGUAUAUAGGAGGUUACAUUAGCUUAUCAGGGUAUAUUGCAGUAGUACUCUGAGUAUUUUUCAUGUGUACACUUGCAUAUGUUACACUUAGGAUACACUUAGGUUUUACAUUUAAGUUUGCUCGACUUUUUACACUGACAAAUAGUAUAUCCAAGGUACAUUUUGGUGCUUGCAGGUAUAUGUAGUAAAACAUAGGAAGCGUUUUUCCUGUAGUGUCUGGCCCUAACCACAUCUAAUAAGUGAGCAAAAGUCUUACUAACUUUUGCACUGACGAUGGUUAAUCCAAGAAUGUAGUAUUUAUUUUCUGCAAAACUCGUGAAGUGACUCAAUGUACAUAUCUUUUAAUGUUAAUCUUAAUAUUUAUAUGACUGAUAUGUGAAUUCAUUGCAUCAAUACAUUUUGUCAAAGUGCCAUACAUCUAUAUUGCCAUAAGCCCUAGUCUUAUUGUAGAUUUUGAAGUGUUCAAAGUUGCCAAAAAGGUAAUGAUAUUUACAGUAUUGUGCAAGAGUAUUUUAUAUUUUAUUUUUUAUUUUUUUGCCUGACCAGCCAUUCUCUUCUACAUUCAGAUUGAAUCCAGACGGGUUUGGAACCAGAUAAUAGAGGGUAAAAAUCCUCUGUCGUAACUUAGGACGGUCCGACCACAGCCACUAAUUUGUAUGACGUGUUUCUCAAAUGCAGAAAAUGUCAAAUAUACUUAUUUUAACUUAUUUUUAAUUGGGAUAACAGUAUGGUGCUUUGAUUAUUGAUUCAGCAAAAAAAUCGCACUGUUUCUUAGUUAUUUACAUUAUUUUUUAAUUUUUUUUUAUGUGUAUUUCAAUCACAUCUUCUGAAAUCAGGGAGACAAGAUAAAGCUCCAAAUCCACUGGUCUUUGCAAAGUUGUGUCAGAGCGUGUGGUUUUGGCUGGACAGGUAAAUAUUUUUUCAUUUUAUUAUUUUCAGAAAUGGUCAGUAAUGGGCCAAAAUUAACUUCUUUUGCACUUACCUGUAAAUGAAUCUACUUGGUUUAUUUGGACCAAAAAAAUGAGACUGGAGCGUGGUGUUAAAAGGGUAUUUUCAUUCACUGAGAAAUGAUAAAAACACAAGUUUGUAUGCUAAGCUAAGCUACUGCUGCUGCUUCUGUGCUACUAUCACCAGCCGUGACUCUGAGCUUAAGGGCUCAGUGAGAAUCGACCAUGUCUCAAAGCUGUUACUGUCUGAGAGAAAGGCAAAUCCUAUGAACGUGUCUGUGAUGUACAUUUACCGACCACCAGAGGGCAGUGUCGCAGUAUUUUUUUGGCACUGGUGGAAAGGGAGAGGGGAGAACAUGCAGGAUUUUCAAGCAUUUUUGUAUUUCAAGUCAUUCAUAGAGUAUUUUUGUUAAUUAAACGCAAUGAUUGUGUAAAAAAGUCACAUUUUAAACUAUUCAAACAAAAGUACAAUCCUGCUCUUAUAGCACUGUAACAUGGUAAGUUAUGAUUACAGUGUCCUCCCAUUUCAAAAUUCCUGUUAAAUGUGCAAUGUCCGGUUUCCUGGUUGUGUCUAUGAGCAUAUUUUUGCAUGAUAUGUUCCACAGUAUGGCAAUUAAUUAGAAAAUCUAUUCUGUAAAAAACAUUCAUUCUUACUGUGGGUGAGCUUGCCUGUCCAUAGAUCUGAGAUGUAGCUUGAUCUGGUGGCGACUUGUGCCCAUGGAGAUGGAUGAGCUUAAUGCCAUGCUGUGGAAAAUUCCAAAAAUCUCCAUAGAGAAAAUCAGGUACCACAAUAGAUACAAAUUUCACCUUUAAGAGAAACUUUUACCUUAUGGAAUACAUUUAGUUCAAGGUGUUGGUGAAAUUUGUAUUGGAAUUUUUGAAUUAAUUUAGGGAGUUUUGCUAAUAAUUUUGUUUAAAAAUCCUGCAUAUUGCCCCGUCACAUUUUCUAUAAUACACAUUGAUUCAUUUUUAUUGUUAAAUAGUGUAAAAAUGGAAAUAGAGGCUCUUGCAGUAAAGGCCACAAUGUUGACAUGGCUUAGCUUUUACUUUUUAUCAUACGACUAAAUCCUACCAUGUUGUGCAAUAUUCUAAACUACUUGCACAGAUGAGCCAUAACAUUAUAACCACUGACAAAUGAAAGACCCAACACUAUUAUGUAUUCGUAAUGAGACUUUAACUUAAGGUGCACAAUGUAAUUUUCCUGGUUAGGAGUCUACGUGGAAAUGUUACUUUGCCUGGAAUGUUCCAAAGUAUGGCAUUAAACCAUAGACUGUAUGCAUUAAACAUAUAUAUUCGCAUUACAUUAUAAACCAAUUACAGAUGUUUA